AUGACUGAUAUUCACCGUCCUUUGGCCCCGGUGCCUCGGGGGACUCGCCGGGAGAGGAACGGCGAUGAUGCCCGCCAGCAGCCUAGGAAGAGGACUAAUAUCGGCGUUGCGUGUACAGCGUGCAAGGCUCGGAAGUUGAAGUGCUCCGGCGCACCCCCCUGCCAAAACUGUCUAAAGAACCACGUAGAAUGUACCGUCGACAACACCAGCGAUAAACGCCGAAAGUCCGGGAUUAAGCGCAAACUCGAGACCCUUGAAGACCGCAAGGAUUUAUUAUUGAAUCUUGUCCGGACACUUCGCGAUUCCGCCGACCGCCGCGUCCUUCAUCUGCUCGACCUUAUCCGCAGCGAUGCCUCCCUGGCCGAAAUACAGUUCUACCUUGAUGAGGAUCGGCCGCGCGGGGAGUCAGAGGGGAAGAAGGUGACGCCUAAGAGCCUGGAGUGGGAGCAGAAGAAUGGAAACGGGGCACAGUCGGAGUCAGAGUCGCCCGCGACAAGGGCCGUGUUCGAACCGGAGCAAUUGGCGGACGUCCCGAUAUUUGAUGUGCCGGCGGCGCCGUGGACGAACGUCACGCAGGAUGCGAGGCUUGUUUCGCAGCUGGUGUCGUUGUGGUUUACAUGGUUCCAUCCCUUUUUCAACUGGUUAGAUCGGGAUUUGUUUAUACGGGACAUGAGGUCGGGGGAUCUGAGGGUGCGAUGCUGUUCGCCGUUUCUGGUCAAUGCUAUGCUAGCUCUGGCUUGUACGCAUUCGAAUUCGGCCCAGGCAUAUGCAGUCCCUGGGGGCAUGGCUUCUAAAGGCGCACAUUUCUACAGUGAAGCGAAACGGCUAUUUUCCCAAGAAGAGGGCAGAAUCACCCUUGCUACAACGCAAGCUCUGGCCUUAUUAUCAGUAUACGCCAGCCUAACUUGCAAAGAACGCUCCAGCUGGAUCUACCGAAACAACUUCGCCUUCGCUGUCGACGAACUCUCAAAACAACACCCCAUUUCUCGCCCCACUGUCCACCACCGGGUAAUAGACCACACAAUAUGGGGCCUGUUUAACAUCGCCACACUCAAGGCCCUCGCAUUCUGUAAGGUGCCCACGAUUAAGAUUCCCAAUCGGCCUUUGCCGUCGCUGGUGUGUUCGGCAGAGGAUGUUUGGCAUCCGUACCCGUUGCAAUUGAGGGGAAUGCAGGCGCAUGGGAGCUGUGUGUUCCAUGCGUUGUGCGGGUUGAAUAGGAUCGUGCAUGAUCUUGCUUGGGUUUUCUUUGGUGGGGGUAAUCCACCACAGGCCGAUCUGAGGACGCAAACGAAGGAGUUCCAUUCUCGAUUGAGAGAUUGGGAAAAUCAGUUACCGGUCUGUUUGAGAGAACAAGAGGAGACUCAAGUUCCUCAUGCAUUAUGCUUGCACAUGUACUACUAUUGCAUCUGCAUAACCAUCUCCCAAUAUGCCCCGUCGAUAAAACCAGACCCUGACAAUACCUCCCCUUUUCCCAAUCCCAACCACCUCCCCGACACGCCCAGCCUCUUCUACGCCCGCAAAAUCUCCGCCCUAAUGCGUAUCCACCGCUCCGCAUGGGGGGCCGAUCGCAUCCCCGUCCCAAAUAUGCUCUGGGUAACAACCGCUCUUCUUAUCUUACUCCCCAGCCUCUCCAACCCCCAAAACCGCGAAGCAUUUAUCAGGCUUGCUGUGUCAGCGAAGACAUUUGCUAGGCGGUGGGCUGUCGGAAAGGCAAAGCUGGAAUUGGUACAGCGACGCGCAAGGGAUAUGGGCGUUGAGUGGCCGGUUGAGAUUGGGGCUUUGUUUGCGGAUGAGGAGGCUCAGGUUGCGUCGGGGUCGGGGUCGUCGAGGAAGAGAGCGAGGGUGGGAUCAUGA